AUGUUCGUCCCCCUCACCGCCCCGCGGCCCCGGACCCUGAAUACGUCCCGCCGCCUUGCAGCCCGCGGACGGGACCUCCCCCCGCCAUCCAGGGGCCCGGGCCCCGCCCCGGACUCUGGAUGGACGCGGGCGGAGGCGCGCGCCCGAGGGGAGGCCCGCCCGCAUGCGCAGUCCGGGGCAGCCUCGGCUUCGUUCGAGAAGGAAGUGCGGGUGCGGCCUUACACGGACGUGGCCCUGCCCUGCGCCUUCGCCUUCGUGGACGGCCCCGACGGGCUGGAGCUCUCCUGGGAGCGCGACGACAUCCGGGAGGUGUUCGAGGUGGCCGACGACGAGGAGUACUUCCGCUUCUUCCGCUCCUACGACUUCUUCGAGGUCUUCUCCAAGGUGGUGUACCGGUUCGGCGACGGCCGGGAGCAGCCGGAGGAGCAGAGCGGCCUGUACGGGGGGCGGGCGGCCGUCGACCUCGACGGCAUGGCGGAGGGCAGCCUGGCCCUGCUCCUCAGGGACGUGGAGGCGCACGACGAGGCCGUCUACACCUGUUCGGCCAGCACGCCCCACGGCAGGGGCAGGCGCAAGAUCAAACUGGUCGUGGAAGCGGCCGAAGAGCCCCCGGUGCGGUUUGAGCGGCGGGGCGAGGAGCACGUGGCCGUGUGCCUCUCCAAGGGCUGGUAUCACAUGCCCAACGUGACCUGGCUCAACCGGGCCGAGGAGGACGUCAGCAACUUCAGCAGCGUGGAGAUCCUGGAGGAGCGCAGGGACGGGGCUCACCGGGUCCUCACCGUCCUCCACCACCGCCUCGUCAAGCUCCACGAGACGUACGUCUGCCGCAUCCUGGAGACCGAUGCCAACCACCAGCCCGUCAAGUCCAUCCGCCGGAUCCCCAGGAGAAAGCACCACAUGUACGAUUACUACUAGCUGCCCCGAGACCGCUCUCGGGAACCCAGGCCCCGAGGAUCCCAGUCUACACCUACGAGGGUCCCAGGUGGUCGGCGACCCGAGUCUGGAGGAAGAGAGGGCGGAGGGCGGAUCGUCGGAAAUCCCUCAGCCACCCGCUGUCUCCACGUCUCUUGUCUUCCCGGGGCUUAGGCCUCCAUUUCCUCUCCCCUUCCCGGCGUUCCGGCCUUUAGGUUUCCUCCAUUCCCUGCCUCUCCUCUCCCUCUCCCUCCCACCGUUUCUCCGUCUCGGAACUCCGAUGCUUCGUAGGAAUGAGAUAAUAG